UUCGGCAGUUUGUUUUCUUCCUGUUUCAGGGCGGUCAGUUUAAGUUGCCAUAGCAGGGAAUAGUGUCAGCUGUGCAGGUGCAAAAGCUUAGAAGAAAUGUUUACGGUCUGUUAACGUGACACCCAAAUCCUGCAUUAGGGCAGAAAUGCUAAGGUAACGUUAUUCACGUCCUAUCCCGCUACAACGCUACCGAUGUCUGCCAAGUCAGAACUAUGGAGUCCUCCAGUGAAUCUGAGACUUUCGACAGAGCGAGAAGACCUCGCUUACGGGGCAGAGAACCCCAGCGAAGACGUAGUCGUGACAAAACUGAUGCCGAUAUUGCCAUUUCGGAGAAAAUUGACACACUGGCCAGCACGUUGCAGGACACCAGUCGCAACCUCCAUAGAGUCGAUCAGAUGUUGGGACAGUAUCGAGAGCACACAGACGAUAAAGCUGAAGCCAUGGCAACAUUGAAGGAGAGCUUGGAAGAGUCCAUUCAGCAGCUCCAGAGUCAGCGGCUCCACCGAGCGCCCGCCAGUCACAGUGGCUCUUUUUCCACCCUACACAGCAGCGACCUGGAGGAUGGCAGCACCUCUGAUGGACCUCGCUACUGCCCCACGUCUCCACUGAAAGAUUAUGGCAGCUCAGAGGGGGGCAGCAGGAGAAGGUCCAGGUCCGCCACUGUGCGCUUCAGAGACUCAGGCCAGGCUGAGGAUAUUCACAGUCUUCACCAGUCCCUCCGAGAUCUGCGCAGUGACCAGCUCCGUCUGACGGAUGACGUCAACCGAGAGAUUCACAGGAGGAACAGGUCUGAGGUGGAAACCAAGAGGACACUGAAGAAUCUCAAUGGCCGACUCAGCUCAUCACAGGGGGACCCAGUGUCAUUACGUGUUGAGCAGCGCCUUCAGGAGAUUGAGAAGGGGAUUAGCUCAGAACGACAACCAAUGUUUGACAGGCAGCGACCUCAGAUGCACCAACCCAGCAAUUUUCAGGAGGUGGAGCGUGAGCUGGAGAUGACCAGGAGGAGGCUGGAGCAGUCAGAGGGUGGACGGGACACUCUCCUCCAGCAGGUGGAAGACAUGCGUGACCAGCUCCUGAGGACGGAGAAAGAGCGUGUGGAGCUGCAACAGCAGGUGGCUCGCCUCUUCGCCCAGAGGAAGGGCAGCGACGGACGAGAGGAGGGCAAGAGGAGAGACGGGGGACGGGCCCCAGGCCGUGUGGAGAGAGACAGAGAGGUCCAGAGAGACCAGCUGGACCACAUCUCACUGAGUGACCUGGAGCAGCUCAAGAGGGUCCUGGAGCACAAGGACCGUGAAAAAGCCCAGCUCUCCUCUCAACUUGAGGCCCUGUCGCUGGACCUGCAGCGGGGUGAGCAGCGUCAGGGCCAGCUGCUUGAGCAGCUGCAGCAGGUCCGGAGCCGCUCGGAGGGGAGCGUGGUGGUAGAGCGGGAGCGGGAGCGCGCCCAGGUUCAGCUGGCCGAGAGCGAGCGGCGGCGCGAGGAGAUGCGGGCACGCGCCCUGGAGGCCCUGCGCCAGUGGAAGGGCCGCUGCCGCAAGCUGGAGCGCCAACUGCAGGAGCUCCGUGCUCAGGCCAAGCAGGACACGGACAAGGCCCAGCAGGCGGAGCGUGAGCGCGAGAGCGCGGCCCAGGCGCAGCUGCGGACGCUGGCACUGCAGGCGGAGGGCGCGAGGCGCGAGCUGGCCGAGGUCCUGGGCCGCCUGGCGCAGCGCGAGGAGGAGGUGCGGCGCGGCGAGCUGGAGCGCCAGCGUCUGGAGCGCCAGGCCGAGGAGGUGCGACGCGCUUCCGCCGCCCUCCAGGAGGGGGCGCUCCACCAGGACGCCCUGCAGGAGCGCCUGCGGCAAGAGAGCGGCCGGCUGGAGGAGCGUCUGGAGCUGCUGGAGGGGGAGAGGCAACGGGAGCGCGCCCAGCUGGCCCACCUGCAGGGGGAGCUCAGGAGCCUCGGGGCGGAGAGGGCCGAGGCCACGGGGAGGCUGGCGCGGGAGGAGGCCGCCCGCAGGGAGGCGCAGCAGAAGCUUACCGAGCUGCAGGAGGAGCUGACCGAGCUGGGGAGGAGGUUGGAGGAGGAGAGGGAGAUCCACAGGCUGCACAGGAACGAGACCGAGGCCCACGUCAAGGAGCUGAAGGCGGAGGUGGCGGUGGAGCGGGAGCAGGCGCGGCUGCUGCGUGUGAAGCUGGAGCGUAUGAAGGAGGAGUGUGCUCGCCUGACGGAGGAGCAGAGCGGCCGCGAGGAGGCCCACAACCAGCUCCUCCGCAAGCAGCAGGCCCUCAAGGCCGAGCUGGAGGACAAGGCGCGGUCCCUGUCGUGGGCGGAGGAGCGCUGGCGUGCUGUGGACAGCAGUGCUGCUGACCUGCGCGUGCGUCUGGCCCAGCUGGAGACGGAGCUACCGUCCAUUCUGCAGGCCGUGGGGGAGCACAUCCACACCACCUGCCUUGCCCUCUCCACAGAGGCACACGACAAACUCACAGCGAUCUCCCAGAGCCCAGGGCUGCAGAAGGACCCUCACCGCUGGCUGGCUGAGACUAAGACCAAGCUGCAGUGGCUGUGUGAGGAGCUGCGUGAGCGCGGUGAGUGUGAGCGGCGUGUGCGGCGUCAGCUCCAGCAGAGCCGUGAGCAGCUGAAGACUCUGCGUCAGGGCCGCCAGCACGAGCAGCAGCACCUCCUCCAGCGCCUCAGCCAGCACGAGCAGCAGCUACAGCAGCUCAACAAGGAGAAGAGGGACCUGCAGGAGAGGAACAGCAGGAAGGAUGAGGAGAUGAGAAGCCUGCAGGAUAGAAUCUUGGAUUUGGAGAUGAGCACCCGGCUAGCCCUGGAUCACCUGGAGUCUGUACCUGACAAGCCCAACCUGAUGGAGAACUUCAAGGACCUGGAGGAGUCCCAGCGCCAGCGGGAGGCGGUGGAGCAGCGCUACAGCAAAUACAAGGAGAUCGUGGGGGACCUGCAGAAUCAGCUGGAGGAGUCCAAGCGCAAGAUCCAGGAGUACCGAGGUGAGAAGCUGGACGCUACGUCCCGGAGUCUCCAACUGGCCGGCCUUUCCUCCUCUUUCCGAGGAUACGAGACCUUCCUGUCCAGCACCCUGCUCUCUGGCGCUGCCUCAGCACCACCUCGGCGUUUAGGCCGCUCCCCCGAGCCGGACUCUGCUUUCCUCACCAGCGACGCCUCCGCCAUCAGUGGACACCUGGAGAGAGCUGUCGUGUGACUCGGCCGGUGGUCAAACGUCCAUAUUGCAUCGGCCGGUGGUCAAACAUCCAUAUUGCUGAUUGCCUCUCCACUGGUGGCCUGUCAGCAUGCCUUCCCCCUUAGAAACCAUGCGAUUGCGGACUGUUGCCAUUAUCAACCCCACUCCACGGCGCACGACUACCAUGACUACCUCUAUGGCAACAGCUGGCCAGACCAAUCAGCAGAACAGGAAGCAGGGUAAAGUGCAGGUUAAGAAGAAACCAUUAGAGGAGUAUUUUUUAGGAACGUGAUAUGCCAUAUUUUUUUAAAUUACCAUCAAUUACCAGCUCUUUUCUCCUGUAAAUGGUGCCAGUAAGUGGUGUUUCAUAACAACUGUUUAAACUGUUCUGAGAGGACCAUCUCAUUUCAAACUGUGGUGCCUUUGGAACUAUGCAAGUGUGUGCAUGUUUUAUACAUUUUACAUCUUUAUAACACUACUGUACUGUGAAAUGAUUGUUUGUUUUUUAUCUUAAUAUUUUUUAGCAUUGACAGUCACUGUUUUAUACUAUUUUGUAAUUGUCAGUGAAAUCCAAAAAUACAUGUAGCUGCAUUA